AUGUUUAAAAAGAUACUUAAUGGAUAUCCAUCUUGUUUAUCUAAUCAAUCGAUUGUAGAUGAAUUAACUCAACAAUGCAUGAACAUUGAUUCAUAUUGUUUAAAUUUGACAAGUACUACAACUUUAGUAUCAACUCAAUCAACUUCGUCCUUAUUAACUACAACUAUUCCUUCAACUGAAUCAUCAUUACCAAGCACAACUUUCUCAACUGAGAGGAGUACAGCACAGAUAACGACUAUGUUAACACUAACAACGAAACAACCAUCAACAUCAAGUUUGACAACAUCAGCAAUGGUAAAAGAUGAUCAUAAAUGGAAAAUAAUAUUAGGAAUAAUGAUUCCUUUAACAAUUAUUAUUAUUGGUUUAUUUGUGGCUGUUAUUUGUAUUGUUAAAAGGCGAAAAGUAAACAAAUCAUCGGAGAGAAUUGAGUUACAAGAAUGA